UUUUUUUUUGUUGGAGGGAAGUCGUUUUGUUCAAACUACAAUUGUGAUAUAUUAUGAUUAACACUAUAUAUUCAACAUCAUCAACAUUGAUCAGUUCAGGAUGUCAAAAUAUAGGUCAACUUGCAGAUUUUGCAUCUUCAAUGGUGUAUUUGAUGUGGCAUUCAAGAAAGACGAUCAAAGCUUUGACUUUAGAAAGAUCAGUUAUUGGAAAUGAUUUAGCUUAUCUUAUAUGGCAAUCAAGAAAGCCUACUAUGAUGAAACCUCAACACUAUUCUCCUCUUGGCGAUGAUAAUUCCUUCUCUUAUUCUGCAAGCCCUGCAUUCAAAAAGUUUUGUUUUCAGGUUCUUACGGCUACACAGUUACAAGAACCAGCAGUCUAUUUGUCACUAAAAUAUAUUUCUAUUCUUUUGCAAUCUAAUCCAUCUAUUGAAGGAGCUCAGGGUUCAGAAUAUCGUUUGUUUAUUGUUGCGUUAAUGUUGGCUAACAAAUUUUUGGACGAUAACACAUUUACUAAUAAAACUUGGUCAGAAGUGAGUGGAAUGAAAGUACAUGACUUGAAUAUUAUGGAAGCAGAAUUUCUUGAAGCGUUAGAUUAUGAUUUGUUUGUUCGUGAACAUGAAUACAACAGUUGGAAGCGUUUAUUGGAAGAAUGUCGUGAACGUGCUCAAAUGUCAUACUAUGAUGGUCCUCAACAGCAAAAGCAAUUGGUUUUAUUCAUUUUACAAAUCCUUGGAUUAUAUAACUCAGUGCCAACAAUUUAUCAGGAUUGGGAAAUUACAGCUGCAAGGCUUCAGUUAGAAAACACUCGUAAAUGUAGUGAUUCAUUUUUCCCUAAUAGCCAAUCAUCAUACACUAUGCAACCACCUGUUGGUUAUGCAUGUGGAUACAGAAAUGAUUACACUGUGACUAACCUGUCUCAGUCUUCAUGGGAUCCUCUUGCCUACAGUCUUAAUCGUUGCCAAGAUUUCUCUUAUUACUCACAAAACUACAUUCAUUCUGCAAAGCCUAUAUCUUGGAGGAAUUACAACUAAAGAGUAGUAGAUUUGCUUCUCUCUAAAUAAUAACUGACAUUUAUCGACUUGAUUUUCUUUUCUUCCCUCCCUUUUUAUUAUUUUUUAUUUUAUUAUUUUUUAUUUUAUUUUUUUAUUUUUUUUA